GGUGUGUUAGUGCCUGUUGCAGUGCUGUGUUGUGUGUUCGUUAACAUAUCGCCAAGAAACUUCAAUUAUGCAGACCUCAACGAUCGUAGUCCUCGCGUGCUUGGUUGCCGUAGUAGUCGCGCAGGCGCACCAAGAGGCACGACAGGUGGACCCGGCACAAGAAGCUCUGUUCGAAACUCCGGAGCACGACAGGAGCCCUAGGAACAAGAGAGGUCUGCUUCUACUCAAGAAGAAGCUGUUACUCGGUGCUCUGGGCUUGAAAGCAGCGAAGGUCGGCGUUGGUGCUGGAGUAGUAGGCGCUCUCGCUCUGAAAGCGAAGGCCGGCUCCAAACCCUCAACAUCAUACUCCUACUCUAGCCAUCACGGUUGGUGAUUGACUGCACUGGGGAAUUUCUUAUAACGCAUCAAGUGUGUCUACGUUCUAAGAGAAACCUAGAAAUUGUGUAAAAUAGUAUUAAUUGUUAGGACUUCACAGAGGCUUCCAUGUGAUGGGUAUUUAGAUCAUUCGUAUUGUAUAUAUUCCAUACAGUCGUGACGUCAUUGAAUAUUGAAUCUUUACUACAUUAUCAAACGAGCUAUUUUAGACUGUAAACGCACUACCACCGGUCGAUAAUAUAUUCAUUUUAUAUGCAUACAUUUAUAUGAGAAACAUCAGAUUGGAUGUGCAUUAAAUAAUGGCUUAAUAGCUUUGAUGAAAUUCUAGUCCGUAUGCAAACGACUCAAUGUCCCUGGAGGCGAAACGCAAAUUCAACCAGACAUGUUAAUUAUGUGCGUAAUCAGUGCCGCAUAAAGAAUCAGAUUUAGGAAUAACAAAAUCAUGCCUUUGUAUUAAAACGCAAUUUUGUAAUAGGAUCAUAAAAUACGAAAAAAUGUUAAGUGAGAGGCCCAUUCAUAAUAUAUGUAUUAACUAACGCCUAAAGCCCUGAAUGACAUAAUAUUGAAUUAGCAAACAGAAGCGCACACGCAAGAAAUUACGUCCAAUAUAUGUGUUAUGUCAUCGACGUCACGUAGACUUGCAUUAUAUGUAAAUGACCUGUUACUUAUACCUAAGAUUUAAUAUAA